CAUCACUGCCCAGUCACGCAGUCACCGAACCGCUGCGUGUGACUGACCGUGUUUUCGUGGCCCACCACCAUGUCCAAACUCAUUUCCAACUCUGCCCACGGCCCAGGGACCACUAGCCUUGCAUUCUCAAAAGAUGGAUCACACGCUUUCACAGGUGGCCAAGAUUGUAUAGUAAGACUAUGGAGAAUGGACGAAGGCGCCGAGCAGGAGCCAGAAACGGCUCCUGAUGCUGAUUUACCGAUCACCUGCAUUACAGCUUGUGCGGACUGCUGGCUUUCAGGGAGUGAAGACGCACAAGUUCGGCGGUACCUCAAGAAUAGCAACGAAUGCGAUGGUUAUGCUGCUUCUGUCAACGGAGUACCAGUACGAUGCUUGGCGAUUGAUUCCAAGGGAAGAAGACUUGCUGUUGGUUCCGACGAAUUAUCUGUGAAGGUUAUAGACAUGGAAGAUCCCGCCAAAGUCAACAGUUUAGAAGGCCACCAGAGCGGGGUGCGACGAGUAACCUGGCACCCUACGCUACCUGUAUUGGCGACUUGCGGGUGUGAUGGUAAAAUUAUCAUAUGGGAUAUGUCAGAAGAGGAGCCCAAGAUUGAGAAGCAGAUAGAUAGUAUCAUUCCUACUGUCAGAGACACAGAGUCCUCUGACUUUUUCCAUGAUUGUUCUGCAAUUUGGCAUACAUCCGGUGAAUAUUUUUUCAUCGUCUCACGCAUUCAUGACGUAGUUGCCAUCUCACGUUCCGAAGGAACGAAGAUGUCGACAUUCGCUGACAAUGACGUUACCGGUACGACUACUGCUAUAGCCAUGUCAGUUAACGGCGCCUACCUUGCUUCGGCAACAACUUCGGCAGUAUGUGUUUGGUCCACCACAACGCGACGUAUAGUGGCGAAACAACCAACAAACUCAACUGCUAUUAUUACUCAACUUGCUUUCUCGCCGAAGCAAAAUAUCAUUGCCUGGACAGACUCAAGCGGUCAACUCAUUCGCUGGAUCGAUGCUAUCCCGUCGCUGUUUCCCGAUCCCAUAAAGCCGAUUAUCUCUACUAAGGGUGCCACGACGCAUCAGGUUGAACAGCCUACGACGUCCUUAUUCGAUGAAGAUAGUCGAAUAGAUGACGCCCUAGACACUGGUGAUUUUGUUCUUAGUGACGAUGGCGAAGCUGACGACGUGACGCGUUGGAAUGACCCCAGCGAUUCGAAGCACAUGCAAGACACCAAAGAACCUUUCAAAAACAAAGGCUAUAUGGUUAAGGAAAUGGUGAGUAUUACGGAGGCCCAACCGCCUUUCCAAUCAGGUUCAACACCAAUGGACAACAAGAAAAGAUAUCUAGCCUAUAACACGAUCGGAGUCAUUGAAGUCACUGACCAGGAUAUUCACAAUAUUGUCAACAUUGAAUUUUUCGACCGCUCAACAAGACGGGGCCAGCAUUUUACCGACAGUCUCAAAUAUGAUCUUGGCUGCCUCGGUGAACGAGGAGCCCUGUUUGCUUGCCAGCCUGAAGAUAACCACACAGCCAAAGUGACAUUCAGGCCGUAUGGAUCAUGGUCCUCUCAAAGUGAUUGGUCCUAUGAUUUGAAAGGUCAAACCCGCGUUCUCGGUAUCGCCGUUGGCGGUAUCCCACCAUCCACCAGUCUUCGUCAAGGUUCCGAAGAAGAUCUGAAUGGCCUUGGAAACGUCGUUGUAGCUACUAGUCAAGGGGACUUAACAUUCCUGAGUGGUACUGGGAGGGAGCGGCGAAUCAUUGGUCUAGGCGCUGAUUUUGUGUCGAUGGUUGCCGGGACAGAAUGGGUGUUCGUCGUUCAUCGCGCUGGCGCAGCAACAAUUGAUGGGUCUCAAAAUCUGUCUUAUAAACUCAUCAACUUUGAUGACUUCAGUGUUCGACAGCGGGACGUUCUUCCCAUCCCAAAGAACCAUACACUCAAGUGGAUUGGAAUCACCGACCAAGGGGCACCUGCUGUUUAUGAUUCAUCAGGACAGGUACAUAUACUUACGAAAUAUCGAAUCCCGCAUCACGGCUCCUGGGUCCGUGUAAUGGACACGAAUCUUCUCGAAAGGAGAGAAGGAAAGGACGAAUCCUACUGGCCUGUUGGGAUUACAGGAAGCACGUUCAUGUGCUUGAUCCUUAAGGGAAGACAAGGGUAUCCCGGCUUUCCUAGGCCGCUGAUUCAAGAGCUCCCUAUGCGGAUGCCAUUCCGGAAUGAUAAUGCUCUUGAAGAACAAGUCGAACGCGAGUUAUUUUUCCGCGAUAUGGCUGUCGACAUUCUCGACGAGGAGCUUACUACCGAAGAUAUCAUCGCAAAGGAGCGGGCCAUGGAUAAGGAAUUCCUUCAGCUCAUUCAAAGCGCCUGCAAAGCGGAUAACAUUCCCAGGGCGAUCGAACUAACGAAGUUACUUCAUCACGUUCACUCCUUUGACUUGGUUGUCAAGAUUGCAGAUUUCUACCAUAUGGUCGGGUUUAAAGAGAAGGUCCUACGACUGAAGCGGAUACAUGAAGACAGCGAAGACCGCCUAGCGCUUGCUCGUGAGAAACGACGACGGUGGAAUAAAGCCGAUCCUCCCCCCCGGCGCUUAGUUGAUACUGAGGAGCCGUUCUCUGACCGGCCUAAAGCGUUCCAAGACUUUGGACCACCACCUUCAAUACACAGACCCGGACUUUCCCGAGCUACUCCUGCCGUUGAAAAGACGCGAUAUUCGUCUGUAGCUCCGGUAUCCACCCCAAAAUCAUGGGAGGAAACCACUGCUUCCGAAGAAGAUAUCACUCCGGAUGGCAAACGAAAACGCAAUCCUUUAGGAGAGUCACCCAGUGACCUGAUGCCGCCUCCGAAGCAAAAAUCAAAUCCAUUUGCUCGCAAAACUGCGCAAGAAAAUGGCCGGAAUCCUUUCGCGAGAAAAACUGACACGAACAAAGUCAUACAGAAGAGUGAGAGCUUUUUCGAUAAAGUUGAUGCUGCUGAGGCGGAUCCUGGGAAGAAACGACCCGCGCCGAAGACGCAAGGGAAAGACAAGAAGGAGGGUUCUCGCCAAACAACCUUGUUUGGUCUUAUGCCUGGCGUCAAAACAGGUGAAAAGAAGGCUCGUCCUAGAAAGAAGUCGGGCGAUGAGAUACCAACCUCCCAAGCGACUGAUGUUUCUAUGUCAGACGCCAUACCAGAGUCGGAGGCAACACUUGUAGAUCCAGACCAGGUGCAAGACCUACCCGAUGACGGACAGGAGACGCAAGUAGAAACCCAACUGGUGGAAGAGAUGCAAAGUAUAGAUUGAACGAACGACUCAUAUGGAAGAUGUAAUAUAUGGUUCCUAAUCUCUCAGCACUUGUAGAACACUCAAUUGAUCUAAUUUAUCCACCCGAACACUAGCAGGUCGUGUGUGUCGUAAACAUCCGAAGUAUAAAACAGAAACUGA